AUGCUGUCCUCCGAUCUGGACUCUGCGGAGGACACGGCGGCCAGCAGCGCUCCCAAUGAUGCUGAGGAAGAGGAGCAGGAGGAGGAGGAGGAGGAGGAGGAGGACUCACCGGCUGAGAGUGAUGUCCUGGAGGAGCAGCGUCCAGUGAACCAGUCUCUGGGUGCUUGUGUCUGCCGGGAGUCCCAUUGGCGCUGCCUGCUGCUCUCUCUGCUCAUGUACAGUUGCCUGGGUGCGGUGGCGUGGUGUCAGCUAACCCGCGUCACCAAAAUCAGCUUCAACUCCGCCCUCACCUCCUCCUUCACGGCCUCCUUCACCUCCUCCCUGCGGGGCGCCUCUGGGAUGGGCAUUGGGGGACACUCGAUGAUCUACCACGACAGCCCGUGCUCUGACGGCUACAUCUACAUCCCCCUGGCCUUCCUGCUCAUGCUCUACAUCUUGUACAUGGUGGAGUGCUGGCACUGCCGGGCCAGGAGCGAGCUGCAGAGCAAAGCGGACGUGGACAGCGUGUAUGAGCGCGUGCUGCGGAUGAGACAGGCCCAGCCGUGCAUAUGGUGGAAGGCCAUCAGCUACCACUUUGUGCGACGGACCCGGCAAGUCACUCGAUACCGAAAUGGGGACGCGUACACAACCACGCAGGUGUACCAUGAGAGAGUGAACACCCAUGUGGCGGAGGGCGAGUUUGACUACAGCCACUGUGGGAUGAAAGAUGUUUCACGUGACCUCAGAGGUUUGGAGGGACAUCCGGCGACUCGGCUGCGCUUCACCAAAUGUUUUAGCUUCACAGAGUCCGGUCCAGAAAAUGACUACCUCAACCAGAGAGCCAGGUUCUUCUCUGAGAUUGAGGGUUUGGAUGAUUACAUGGAGGCGAGAGAGGGGAUGCAGCUGAAGAAUGUGGACUUCAGAGAAAACCUCAUCGCCUACGUAGACCCGGAUAGGAUGCCUUGGUACACUUCCCAGGUUGCCUUCUGGCUGGCGGCUCUGCUGAUGUUGUCCUGGCCUCUGAGAGUGCUGAUAGAGUACCGCACUGCUUACGUGCACUACCGCAUAGAGAAACUUUUUGGGUUAGAGUACAGCCACAGCAGCCCCUCUCCUCUGGAUGAAGAUCGGCCUUUGGGGAACAACACCGGCUGCAUCAUUCCAAGAGUCGACACACUGGACAGCACCGAGAUGGAGUGGCACAUUCGCUGUAACCGUCAGCUGAUUCCGAGCUACUCGGAAGCCAUGCUGAUCAACAUGAGCACGCCGGACUCGAACUCCUUACAAGACACUGAAUGCACCUCGUCCUCAAACUGCUUCCUCCUGGACAGCAGCCAGACCGCUCAGAGUUACGGCGCUCUGCAAAGCCAGGAGGACUGCGAGCAAUGCAGGGAGCCCAACGGAGGAGGCGAUGCAGGAGGCAGGAGGAGGACCAUCACCAGCUCCAGCUGCUCCUCCAUCUUCUCCUGCAGGGGAGCGCUGCUCCACUCGCACCUCUCCUCAGACACGUCUCGCUUCUCUCUCUGCCGCAUGUACGGCUCCCAUCGCACCGUGGCCCUGUGGAGGAGCCGCAGCAGCAACCUGACGGACCCCUGCUGCGUGGACGAGCAGUGCUGCCGCUCCGACUCCAGCCAGCUGGCGCUCAGCGACAGCCCACCGACUUACAGGGACGCCCGGUUCUUUCCGGUUCUCAUUGUGCAUCGGUCUGAGGGCUGUGGCAGCGAGGACGGGAGGGAAGUGAGGCGUUAUUACAUCCGGAGAGGGUCGUCCUGUGUGGAGACGGCUCUCUGA